AUGGGGGACGUGCCCGACCUGAGUAUGGGUAUGCACGUGGCGCUUUCCUGGUCGGUGGCCAACGGCAUUCUGGGCCCCUCCGUGGACGUGCACCGCGUGGCGCGCAACGGGCGCAACUUCGAGUACCUCUCGGGCGAGGAGACCCCUACCUCGGGUCGAGGAUGGCGGAGGAAUACGUGGCAGGAGUGCAGUCGAAGGGCGUCUUUGCAGUCGUCAAGGGCGGGCGGCGGAUCUUCAACACCCAGGAGAACGACCGCGAGAUCAGCUCGUCGGUCGUAG